AUGCGGGCUCCGAACAAGGCUAUAAAGCGAGAGUACUUCCGCAUGCCCUUGAUCGACGAAAUGAAGGUAAAACUCCAUGGUGCGAGGUUCUUCACAAAGUUGGAUUUGAGCAAUGCAUACUACCACUUAGAGCUUUGUAAGGAGUCCCGUGACCUUACGACAUUCUUGUCGGAACACGGCCUAGCCGUCGAUGCAGAGAAUUGGGUGCAAACUUGCCAAAUCUGCGCAACGAACGGUCGUCCGGAGAAACCAACACCGAUGAGGCACAUAUUCGCGCCACAAGCUGUAUGGGAAACUAUAGCUUUAGAUUUCAACGGCCCGUACGCUCGGUUUGGAGGUGUCUCAAUUCUGCUAAUCGUAGAUUAUCGGUCCAGAUUCCUGUUUGCCCGACCAGUGAAGUCGACCAGUUUCGAGCAGACUAAACAAGUGCUAGGAGGAGUGUUUGAACGAGAGGGUUUUCCGAGAUUCAUUCGCUCUGAUAACGGACCGCCAUUCAACGGCGAAGAUUACAAAAAGUACUGCUCCGAACGAGGAAUCGAGACCCAAUAUUCCACUCCAUUAUUCCCGCAGCAGAACGGCCUCGUCGAAAACUAUAUGAAGCUCGUAAAUAAGGCGAUGGCAACAGCGUUCAGCACAGAAAAGGAUACGCACAUUCGAAGCAGUACAUUCAUCACGUGUUCACAGCCAACGUUCGAGACGUACUACAUUUGA